CUGCCGGUAGGCCCCUGCACACACGCCUGACAGUUCAUUAUAUUACAAGGCGCUUUGGAAGUUAUUUGCAGAAAUAAAGUGGAGAACCAGUGUAUGGAUGAGUUCUGUGGAGAACAAUGUCUCCUCCACGGCUUACAGGUGCUCUGCGCUCCUUCUCCCAUGUCAGCAAGAAGGAGGACUUCACUGAAUACCCCUAUGAUCUGAAGACCAAACGUCUGAAGAGACAGAAGCUGUUUGCCAGAGAGGGCCUCACUUGGCAGAAGAUCGUCCAUUUCUGCACCGAGCAUCAGGACAAAGCUAAGCAUCAAGCUGCCAGUCAGGAACUGAAGAGCUUCCUUCUGGCAGCCAAACAGAUUGUGGGGAAUGAACAUGGUCAGGAGGCUAUUGAAAGUGCUGCUGUCUUUCUGUUUGAGACCUUCCACAACAAAGACCAUGUGGGCACAGAGGAGACUCGGUCCAUUAAACAGAUGUUUGGCCCCUUUCCGUCGGCUGCAGCUGAAGCCGCCUGUGAGUGUGUGUCACGACUUGUGGCUCCACUUGGAAACUCCCGAGUGGAAGACUUUAUUCAGACCCAGAGCUCCCAUCACAACCCCCAGCGAGGCUCCACUUUCGGACGUAACAUUGUCUUCUCACAUGACUGCUACACAUUGAACCCGCUGGAGGAUCUGCCCUGCUCUGGUAUCCAUGAAGAAAAUGAGAGCCUUGACUUUAUCAACUUCCUCAACAACCAGCAGAGUGGGAGGAAGGCCACCAGUGAGGACGUGGCGUCCAGCUCAGGAAGACCUUCGAGCUCUGGGGAUGGAACUAUCCUUAGAGCAGAGGUAGAGAAUUAUCUGAACGGAGGGAACAUGAUCUCAUCCAGCCCAGAGGAGCUGUGCACAUCCCUGUUUGAGAUGCUGGCCUCCCACAAGACUGACGAUGAGCUGCAGAAUGAGCUGUUCGAGCUGCUGGGCCCCGAGGGGCUGGAGAUGAUCUCCACCCUCCUCCAGCGAAGGGUCGCCAUCGUCGACUCCCUCCUUACUGUCGCGCCUGAUAGGAUUGGCUUCCCACCAGAUGCGAGCCAAAGAGUCGAAAUGACCAAGCCGAUCUUCGGGUGCCAGGUGACCAUCCAGUCAGAGCAGGAAAAACAGAUGAUGAAGAUGUACCGCAGGGAGGAAAAGAGAGAGAGGAAGAGAGGCAAAGGAACAGAUGACAGCGAGUCCUCUGAUGCUGUUAUGACCUUCGACCCCAGAGAGAUGAGAGCCCACCGGGAGCAGGCCCUUUUGACUGCACGGCGUGAACCUGUACUGAGCAGAGAAAGAGCCUACGAACGUAUUCAAUAUCCCAAUGUGUACGACAUCUACGCAGAGGCCACGAAGAUGCCUGCGUUUGUUGGAGGAGCCAGGCUGCUGCUCCCUGAGGGAAUCCGCAGAGAGAACAAUAAGAUGUAUGAAGAGGUGGAGAUCCCACCCAAUGAACCCAUGCCUGUCGGCUUUGAGGAGAAGCCCGUCUACAUCUCUGAGCUAGAUGAGAUUGGGCAGCUGGUGUUCAAGGGGAUGAAGCGCCUGAACAGGAUCCAGUCCAUGGUGUUUGAGACGGCCUAUAACACCAACGAAAACCUUCUGAUCUGCGCUCCAACUGGUGCCGGCAAGACCAACAUCGCCAUGCUGACUGUUCUUCAUGAGAUCCGUCAGCACCUGCAGCCGGGCGGUGUCAUCAAGAAGGAUGAAUUCAAGAUAGUAUAUGUCGCUCCAAUGAAGGCCUUGGCAGCAGAGAUGACUAAUUACUUCAGUAAGCGAUUGGAGCCACUGGGCAUCACUGUUAAAGAGCUCACUGGGGACAUGCAGCUAACCAAAGGAGAGAUCCUACGAACACAGAUGUUGGUGACGACUCCAGAGAAGUGGGACGUCGUGACCAGGAAGAGCGUCGGAGAUGUGGCUCUCUCCCAGAUCGUACGUCUGCUGAUCUUGGAUGAAGUUCACCUUCUCCAUGAAGAUCGAGGACCAGUGCUGGAGAGCCUGGUGGCCAGGACCAUCAGACAGGUGGAGUCCACCCAGAGUAUGAUCAGGAUCCUGGGCCUAUCAGCCACCUUGCCCAACUACCUGGAUGUGGCUGCCUUCCUCCAUGUCAACCCCUACAUUGGCCUCUUCUUCUUUGACAGUCGCUUCAGACCAGUGCCCCUUGGACAGACCUUUGUUGGCAUCAAAACCACAAGCAAGAUCCAGCAGCUUCAUGACAUGGAGGAGGUUUGCUACAACAAAGUUCUGGAGCAGGUUAAAGCCGGUCAUCAGGUGAUGGUGUUUGUCCAUGCUCGUAACGCUACAGUGAGGACGGCCAUGGGGCUCAUCGAGAUGGCAAAGAACCAUGGAGAAAUAUGCUUCUUUCAACCAGACCAGGGUCCAGACUACGGCCAGUGUGAGAAGCAGAUCCAGCGCUCCAGAAACAAGCAGAUGAAGGAGAUGUUCCCAGAGGGCUUUGGGAUCCACCACGCUGGCAUGCUGCGGUCUGACCGCAACCUGAUGGAGAACAUGUUCUCCAAAGGCCACCUCAAGGUGCUGGUCUGUACUGCCACCCUGGCCUGGGGAGUGAACCUGCCGGCCCAUGCAGUCAUCAUCAAGGGUACUCAAAUCUAUGACGCCAAGCGCGGUACCAUGGUGGAUCUGGGCAUCCUGGAUGUCAUGCAGAUUUUCGGGCGCGCAGGUCGUCCCCAGUUCGACAAGUACGGCGAGGGCACCAUCAUCACCACCCACGAUAAGCUGAGUCACUACCUGACCCUGCUCACUCAGCAGAACCCCAUUGAGAGCCAGUUCCUGGACAGCCUCGCCGACAACCUCAACGCUGAGAUUGCUUUGGGCACAGUCACCAAUGUGGAGGAGGCGGUGAAGUGGCUCAGUUAUACUUACUUCUAUGUUCGGAUGAGGGCCAACCCCCUGGCAUACGGCAUCAACCACAAGGCUUAUCAGAUGGAUCCCUCCUUGGAGCUUUACAGGAAGGAGCUGGUGGUGGAGUCCGGCAGGAAGCUGGAUAAGGCCAGGAUGAUCCGCUUCGAGGAGCGCACGGGCUACUUCGCCUCCACUGACCUCGGCAGGACCGCCAGCCACUUCUACAUCAAAUACAACACCAUAGAGACGUUCAAUGAACUUUUCAACUCUCAGCGAACAGAGGCUGAUAUCCUCAGCAUUGUGUCCAAGGCCGAGGAGUUUGAGCAGCUAAAGGUUCGUGAGGAGGAGAUGGAGGAGCUGGAGCAGUUGCUGUGCAACUACUGUGAGCUGCCGGCUGCAGGCGGGGUGGAGAACGGCUACGGCAAGGUCAACAUUCUGCUGCAGACGUACAUCGGCCGGGGGGAGGUCGACAGCUUCUCCCUCAUCUCUGACCUGUCGUACGUGGCACAGAAUGCUGCUCGGAUCAUCAGGGCAUUGUUUGAGGUUGCUCUGAGGAAACGGUGGCCGGCCAUGACGUACCGACUUCUCACCCUCUGUAAGGUGAUCGACAAGCGGCUAUGGGGCUUUGCCCACCCUCUUCGCCAGUUCCCCAGCCUGAGUCACGUUGUGCUGAACCGCCUGGAGGAGAAGAAGCUCACUGUGGACAAACUAAAGGAAAUGAGAAAGGAUGAGAUUGGUCACAUGCUGCACCACGUCAACGUCGGCUUGACAGUCAAACAGUGUGUCCAUCAGAUCCCCUCCAUCACAAUGGAGGCCACCAUCCAGCCAAUCACUCGCACCGUCCUACGUGUCCGUCUCGUCGUCACACCUGACUUUCGCUGGAAUGACCAGGUCCAUGGGUCAGUGGGUGAGCCAUGGUGGUUAUGGGUGGAGGAUCCCAUCAAUGACCACAUCUACCACUCUGAGUAUUUCCUUCUGCAGAAGAAACAGGUGGUGACAGGAGAGCCUCAGCACGUAGUGUUCACCAUCCCCAUCUUUGAGCCCUUGCCCUCCCAGUACUACAUUAAAGCGGUGUCUGACCGCUGGCUCGGGGCCGAGGCCGUCUGUAUCAUCAACUUCCAGAGCCUGAUCUUACCUGAGAGACACCCCCCACACACUGAGCUGCUGGACCUGCAGCCGUUGCCGGUGACGGCUCUGGGUUGCCUGGAGUAUGAGAGCCUGUACAAGUUCACGCACUUCAACCCCAUCCAGACUCAGAUCUUCCACACUCUGUAUCACACUGACACCAACGUCCUUCUGGGGGCACCGACAGGCUCUGGAAAAACCAUCGCAGCAGAGAUGGCUAUGUUCCGGGUUUUCAACACGUAUCCAACCUCAAAGGUGGUGUAUAUUGCUCCUCUUAAAGCCCUGGUUCGAGAAAGGAUAGAGGAUUGGAAGAUCAGAAUCGAGGAAAAACUUGGGAAGAAAGUGGUGGAGCUGACAGGCGACGUGACUCCAGACAUGAGAGCCAUUGCUCAGGCCGACCUCAUCGUCACCACACCAGAGAAGUGGGACGGAGUGAGCAGAAGCUGGCAGAACCGAAGCUACGUUCAGAAAGUAGCCAUCCUCAUCAUCGACGAGAUCCACCUGCUGGGUGAAGACAGAGGUCCGGUGUUGGAGGUCAUCGUGUCCAGGACCAACUUCAUCUCCUCCCACACUUCAAAGAGUGUGCGAGUGGUCGGUCUGUCCACGGCUCUUGCCAACGCUCGAGACCUCGCUGACUGGCUGGGAAUUGGACAGGUGGGUUUGUUUAACUUCCGCCCGUCUGUUCGUCCCGUACCGCUAGAAGUUCACAUCCAGGGUUUCCCAGGACAACACUACUGCCCCCGCAUGGCCAGCAUGAACAAGCCGACCUUCCAAGCGAUACGCAGCCACUCCCCGGCCAAGCCGGUGCUGAUUUUUGUCUCGUCGCGACGUCAAACUCGACUCACUGCCCUGGACCUUAUUGCCUACCUGGCCACAGAGGACAACCCCAAACAGUGGCUGCACCAGGACGAAAGAGAGAUAGAGGACAUUAUCGCCACAGUGAGGGAUUCCAACCUGAAGCUGACUCUGGCCUUUGGGAUCGGCAUGCAUCACGCAGGCCUGCAUGAGAGAGACAGAAAGACUGUGGAGGAGCUGUUUGUCAACUGUAAGAUCCAGGUUUUGAUUGCUACCAGUACUCUGGCCUGGGGGGUGAACUUCCCUGCUCACCUGGUGGUCGUCAAGGGAACUGAAUACUACGACGGCAAAUCCAGGCGCUACGUGGACUACCCCAUCACAGAUGUUCUGCAGAUGAUGGGGCGAGCAGGUCGGCCUCAGUUUGAUGACCAGGGCAAAGCAGUUAUUCUCGUCCACGACAUCAAGAAGGAUUUCUACAAGAAGUUCCUCUACGAGCCUUUCCCUGUUGAAUCCAGCCUCCUCAGUGUGCUGUCAGACCAUCUAAACGCAGAGAUUGCUGCGGGCACCAUCUCAUCCAAACAGGACGCUAUGGACUAUAUCACCUGGACCUACUUCUUCAGACGGCUGGUGAUGAACCCCAGUUAUUACAACCUUGAAGACAUCGGCCACGAGUCCAUUAACAAAUACCUGUCCAACCUGGUGGCGAGAAGCCUGCGGGACCUGGAGUGCUCCUACUGCAUAGAGAUAAAAGAGGAUGAUCGGACCAUUGAGCCGCUGACUUACGGUCGCAUUGCGUCCUACUACUACCUGAAGCAUCAGACCAUCCGCACGUUUAAAGAACGGCUGAAGGCCGAGCUGUCCAUCGAAGAGCUGCUCUCCGUUCUGACCGAUGCAGAGGAGUAUGCCGAGUUGCCCGUCAGACACAACGAGGACCAGCUGAACAGCCAGUUGGCUCAGCAGCUCCCGCUGAGGGUCAACCCCCACUCCUAUGACAGUGCCCACACCAAGACCCACCUGCUGCUGCAGGCCCACUUCAGCCACGCCCAGCUACCGUGCAGCGACUACACCACCGAUACCAAGACAGUACUGGACAACGCCAUCCGAAUCUGUCAGGCAAUGCUGGAUGUAGCUGCCAAUGAAGGCUGGCUUGUUUCAGCCAUCAGUAUCUGUAACCUGGUGCAGAUGAUCGUCCAGGGUCGCUGGCUGCACGAUUCCUCAUUACUGACAAUGCCGCAUGUGGAACAACACCACCUCUACCUGUUCAGGAAAUGGGCAAACAAGAAGGGGAGGAGGGACAUGGGAGACUUCGGUGGACCAAUUGAAGGACUUCCUGAGCUGAUUGCUGCCUGCAAUGGAAAGGAAAGUGUUUUCGCUGCUAUUGUUGGACAAGAGUUUCAUUCAAGUCAGACUGCCCAGGCUUGGUCCUUUCUGAGUCAUCUCCCGGUGCUCGAGGUUCACAUGAGUGUGAAGGGCUGGUGGGAGGACAGCCAGGGACAAAUGGAGUAUCCCUUACCUGCAGCAGGAGCAAACCUGAGGGAGGAGAGCAGCUGGCUGAAGGUCCACGCUGACCAGGAGUAUGUUCUGCAGGUGUCGCUAAGACGCAUCAAUCUGGGCCAGCAGAGGAGGAAGCAGGACAGUAAGGCCCAGGCUCCCAGGUUCCCUAAGGUGAAGGACGAAGGCUGGUUCCUUGUCUUAGGGGAGGUGGAUCGCAGGGAGCUGCUGGCUGUCAAACGGAUGGGAUACGUGCGCAACCACACCGCUGUGUCUGUGGCCUUCUACACGCCGGAGAAGACUGGAAAGUACAUCUACACACUGUACCUGAUGAGUGACAGCUACCUGGGUCUGGACCAGCAGUAUGACAUCCACCUGAAUGUAACACCCCCCAGUAUCUCUGCCCAGGUCAACACAGAGGUGUCUGACUCAGUGACUGACAUGACCCUCAGCUGAGGAACAGUGACCAAAAAAACCUCAUCAUCAUGAGAAGAACAGGUCUAGGAACAUCUUCUGUGAUCAGCAGAUGAGUGUGAUGAAUCUGAAACACAGUGACUUGUGUUAAAGGGGGAAUUUUCUGACAUGAUCCACUGUCGUCCAGUGAUUUUUUUUUUCAGCGACGGGUUGGAAUUUAUGGAUUUGCUUUACACUUUUUUUUCUAUCAGCUUCACUUAUCUACCUACGCUUCGCUCUUACUUAAAACUUGCGUAUUGUGACCGCACUGCAUUCUGGUCCAUUAAGGCUACUGUUAGUGCAGAAAAAGAUACACUUGUGCCUCAUUUACUGUGGAUUUCUGUGAUUUCUUUAAUAUCAGUGAAAGAAAUAUGAUAUUUUAGUUCUUUAAACAUAUCUUAAGUUUUCAUUUAAUUGAUUGAAUCUAAUUUAACUCUUAAUUACGUCAGGUAACAAACCGCGGCUGCAGUGACGUCUCAGCAGGUGUGUAAGGCGUCAUUAAAACGAGAUAGCACGCACACUUUGAGGCCGUAUCUCUUCAGAGACAUUGAUGGUGUUUCACUUAGUCAUACACACAGAAACUGACAGCAGCAGUAGUAGUAGUAGUAAUGAAAGAAAGAAACCCCACCUACUCUCACACCCCCACCUUCUCACCCAGCCAGGCGUUUCCCCAGAUUCUGCCUCUGGAAAGGAACCAUUAACCAAUCCGAACAAGUGAUUCCUUUGAGGCAUCCCAGCACCCUUAAGGUUGCAAAUUGCCUGAAUGUUGCUAUGUUGAGUUCGGUGUCCACAAAGCUCAGCUUCAGUCUACAAGCUUCCACUCCUCCAAAGGCCACGUUUUGUAAGCCACGGCCAUUAAAGGGGGCAGGCCCUAAAAUCUGACAGCAGUUAUGACAUUUUGUAUUCCGCUGUAGUUUGUCUGGGAAAACUGAGCUCCAUAACAUUUACUCAAAAAAAUCAAUUCCAGUCAAGAUACGUGACAGAGGCCAUCGCAGAGUAAACAAGUCACUUGUUUCCCGAGGAGAGGAAGGCCAACCAUUGCAUUCAAAUUCUGAAUCUUUCUUGCUGUUCUUGCUGCCAUUAAACAGUUAGCUUACCUGCUCCUUACCUGUGCUUCCAGCAUACACUUUUAACCUGACAGAAUAAUACAACAGCUGUUAUCUGCCCUGUGUGACUCAGUGUUGAUGUAGCUGUUGUUUAGCUGACCAGAAGUGGAUGAUGGAUCCAGAAAUGCAAUAUAUAAAGAUAUGGAACGUAUGUUUUAGGAUUAAGGACACUUCCCCCAACCCAUGUCACUCUGGUAGUUAUGGGGUAAGGGCUGAGGUGAGUCUUUGUUAAAAAAAAAAAAAAAAAAAGGGUAAAUCUCCUCCUCCCUCGUGGUGUUCCUCAGCUAAAAACUUGUAAUCAGAUGCGUCAGUCACUGAUGCAGUAAUGAAAUGUAUGACUAUGUAAAAGCCUGGUAUGAUUUUCACACUUUCACCGCUUUGACUUUCUAGCUCUGGAUACUGCAUUAGCCUACUGAGCUAACAAUCAGCGAUGAAUGAGAGAAUGCAAAAGUACAGCAUCAUUUUAGGUUUGGGUCUCUAGACUGAUGAACUCUAAACCCAGCUUCUGUUGUAGAAAUGUAAACAUGUCACUUCUGUACAUCCCAGCAGGGGAGGUGGAAUAGUUUGGCACAAAGCCCUGAUGCCAGAGUAGAUCCUAAACCUGAUACAUUGUUAAACAUAUCACAGUCACUUUGACAUUGGAGCAGGUCAUUCUCAUCCAUUCAUGUUGUCAUACACUGCAACUGUUGCAUUGUGGGUAACGUAACUGCCAGGUUUUGACAAGCAAGAAGAAUGUGUGGAAUAAA